AUGAUUAUUUAUGAUUUACUAGGCACAGUAUGCUUAUCACUGUUGGACGUAGAAAAAGAUUGGUAUCCAGGUAUUACUAUUAAGCAGUUAUUGUUGGGGAUACAAUAUCUUUUAAAUGAACCCUUUAUCAAAGAUCCUGCAAAUUUUGAAGCCUAUAAUAUUUAUCGCAAAGAUAGUUCAGAAUAUUCCAAUCGUGUUCGAGCACAAGCCAAAGCGAUAUCUAGAGCGGAAUAA